AUGGAUGAGGGGUUCAGGGACCGCACGGCCUUCAUCCGGGGGGCGAAGGACAUUGCCAAGGAGGUGAAGAAGCAUGCCACUAAGAAGGUGGGCAAGGGCGUGGACCGCGUGCAGGACGAAUACACCAAGCGCUCCUACUCCCGUUUUGAGGAGGACGACGAGGAGGAGGAUUACCAGCCCCAGGACGGCUACUACCGCGGCGAGUCGGCCAACGAUGAGGAAGGGGCCUCCAGCGACGCCACCGAAGGGCACGACGAGGACGACGAGAUCUACGAGGGCGAGUACCAGGGCAUCCCCCGCAAUGACUCCCUGAAGGCCGGGGACCAGCUGGCCGACAACCAGCAGGUGGUGAGCGAGUUCAGAGACUUCGAGGACCUGGAAGGGGACAAGAAGAAGGACAAGGAGGAGCUGGCCCAGCAGUACGAGCUCAUCCUGCAGGAGUGCGGCCACGGGCGCUUCCAGUGGACGCUGUACUUUGUGCUGGGGCUGGCCCUCAUGGCCGAUGGCGUGGAGGUCUUCGUGGUGGGCUUUGUCCUCCCCAGCGCUGAGAAGGACAUGUGCUUGUCAGACUCCAACAAAGGCAUGCUGGGCCUCAUCGUCUACCUGGGCAUGAUGGUGGGAGCGUUCCUGUGGGGCGGCCUGGCGGAUCGGAUCGGCCGGAAGCAGUGCCUCCUUAUCUCCCUCUCGGUCAACAGUGUCUUCGCCUUCUUCUCCUCUUUCGUGCAAGGUUACGGCACCUUCCUCUUCUGCAGGCUGCUCUCCGGAGUGGGCAUCGGGGGCUCAAUCCCCAUUGUCUUCUCCUACUUCUCGGAGUUCCUAGCUCAGGAGAAGCGAGGUGAGCACCUGAGCUGGCUCUGCAUGUUCUGGAUGAUUGGGGGCAUCUACGCAUCAGCCAUGGCUUGGGCCAUCAUCCCUCACUACGGCUGGAGUUUCCAGAUGGGCUCCGCGUACCAGUUCCACAGCUGGAGGGUCUUUGUCCUGGUCUGCGCCUUCCCCUCCGUCUUUGCCAUCGGCGCUCUCACCACCAUGCCCGAGAGCCCACGCUUCUUCCUGGAGAACGGGAAGCACGACGAGGCCUGGAUGGUGCUGAAGCAGGUUCACGACACCAACAUGCGAGCCAAGGGCCACCCCGAGAGGGUGUUUUCGGUCACCCACAUCAAAACCAUCAAGCAGGAGGACGAGCUGAUCGAGAUCCAGCUGGACACCGGUACCUGGUACCGGCGCUGGAUGGUUCGGAUCCUGAACCUCUUGCAUCAGGUCUGGAGCAACUUCCUGCAGUGCUUUGCCCCCGAGUACCGGCGCGUCACGCUCAUGAUGAUGGCUGUGUGGUUCACCAUGUCCUUCAGUUACUACGGCUUGACCGUCUGGUUCCCAGACAUGAUCAAGCAUUUACAGAACAUCGAAUAUGCCUCCCGCACCAAGCUCUUCACCCGCGAGAAGGUGGAGCACUUCACCUUCAACUUCACCCUGGAGAACCAGAUCCACCGCAACGGUGAAUACUACAACGACAAGUUCAUCGGCCUCAAGUUGAAAUCCGUCUCCUUUGAGGACUCCCUGUUUGAGGACUGCUACUUCGAAGACAUCACCUCCAGCAACACCUUCUUCAAGAACUGCUCCUUCUUCUCCACUGUCUUCUACAACACAGACCUGUUCGAGUACAAAUUCAUCAACUCCAAAAUGGCCAACAGCAGCUUUCUGCACAACAAAGAGGGCUGCCAGCUGGACUUCAGCGAUGAGAACAACGCCUACAUGAUCUACUUCGUCAGCUUCCUGGGCACCCUGGCCGUGCUGCCGGGGAACAUUGUCUCGGCCCUGCUCAUGGACAAGAUCGGGCGCCUCCGGAUGCUGGCCGGCUCCAGCGUGAUGUCGUGCGUCAGCUGCUUCUUCCUGUCGUUCGGGAACAGCGAGUCAGCCAUGAUCGCCCUGCUCUGCCUUUUCGGGGGGGUCAGCAUCGCCUCCUGGAACGCCUUGGAUGUGCUGACGGUGGAGCUUUACCCCUCGGACAAAAGGACGACAGCCUUCGGCUUCCUCAACGCCCUCUGCAAGCUGGCAGCCGUCCUGGGCAUCAGCAUCUUCACCUCCUUCGUCGGCGUCACGAAAGCCGUGCCCAUCUUGCUGGCCUCGACAGCGCUGGCUGUGGGCAGCUCGCUAGCGUUGAGGCUGCCGGAGACGCGUGGGCAGGUGUUGCAGUGA